AUGUCUGCGCAACAAGGUUCAAUUCCUGCUUUGUCGAAAAAUGACAUUGCUAAAUUUACUCAGUUAUAUCAGAGAUCAAAGUCUCCCGACCAGAACUUCAUCUCUGGUGAACAGGCAAGGGGUAUCUUCAUGAAGGCAAAUAUCGGCACCGACAUCCUGGGUUCCAUCUGGGCUCUUACUGAUGUCAAUGCUGCUGGUGUCUUGACCGAACCACAAUUCGUCAUGGCAAUGCAUUUGAUCCAAUUGUUUCUUAACAAAAGCAUCACUAUAGACCAUCUUCCUUCUGUGUUGCCACAAUAUCUUUGGGACUCUAUUUCCAUGCCAGGCACUCCAUCCACUGCCGCUUCCCCAGCUUUGAGUAAGGCUUCCUUGUCAUCCACUGUCACUGGUAACUGGACUUUGAGUCAAUCGAAGAAACAAGAGUUCGAUAGGAUCUUUGAGUCUCUGGAUGUAGACAAACAAGGACGUUUGUCCUCUUCCAAACUGGUUCCUUUCUUCUUGUCAUCAAAAUUGAGUCAAGAUGUAUUGGCAUACGUUUGGGAUUUGGCUGACUUCAAUAAUAGUUCCGAUUUCUCAAAGAAAGAGUUCGCCAUUGCAAUGUUCUUGAUUCAAAAGAAAAAAGCAGGUGUCGAACUACCAGAAGCCUUGCCACAAUCGUUACUAGACUCUGUCAACUUUCAACCAAGUGCAGCUGUGCCAGAUGUUAAGACAGUAAAUAGAAAUGUCGCACCAAGUGCCGUUUCUGCUAUUCCUUCAGAUUCUUUCCCAGCUGCCACAAAUGCUGCCUCAAUGACAACAUCUGCAGCAGCCGCCGCCGCCGCUGCGGCUCCUAUUGCAGCCGUUGCAGCCGCUACCACAACUGCAGCCGCAUCUGCUCCAGUUGAUAAAGAAAAGAGAAUCAACAAUGAAUUAAAUCGUAUCAAUGCCACUAAAAAGCAGAUCGAGACAAAACUAGAGGACCUACAUGUCACUCAUGACAAAAACGUCAAGGAGACAGAACAAUUGGAAUUAAACUUAAUUCAAAGACAAAAUGAACUGAAAGCUUUACAAAAACACUUGGAUCAAUUGGAAUUAGACAACACUUCUGAAUUAACAAAAAUCAAUCAAUUGAAUGAAAAUUUGAAGAUCGCUAUAAAGAAGAAAAAUGAUUUCACUAAAAAUAUCACAACUUUGAAAUCAUCUUCUGAAACUUUAACUAAGAAAAUAGAAGAAGAUCAAAUUAAAUAUAAACAACAAAGUUCGUUAUUAGAUGUCAACAGGAAACAACUAGAGACAACUGAGACAAAAAACAACAACUUUCAAAGUGAAUUAAGCUUAUUGUCUGCUUCACUGCCAACUUUUAUCUCCAAAUUUACCUCUUUCUUGGAAAAUCAGAAAAUUGUUGAACAACAACAUGCUAAAUUACAAGAAAAAUAUAAGGGAUUAGACAACAGAAAUAAUGAACUGAAAGCUUACGAAACUAAAAUUGCAGAAGAAACAAAAGAAAUCGAGGACAAUGAACAGAAAUGUGACCAAAAAAUUGACAGAUUGCAACAAUUAUUCGACGAGUUUACAGCUAGACAAAAAGAAUAUGAAGCUGAAAAUGACAAAUUAAAGUCAAGGCAUGUUGAUUAUGCUCAAGAAUUACAGGAAUUGACAGAAAGACAAAUGAAGUUGAACCUGGGUGACAUUCCAGAUAAUGUCGACGAUAUCUUGAUCAAAUUAGAUAUGUAUAAUAAAAAAACUGUUGAUGUUGAUAGUAAAAUUGAAAGUCCAUCAGGUGCCGCAUCUACUGAGGGUGAUGCUAGAGAAGGAAGUGAUGUAUUUGAUAAAGAUAUACCUGUUAUUGGCUCUCAAACAGAAGGCGAACCAGAUGAUGAGCAAACACUUGAAAAUGCAGCCGAAAUUCUUGAUGAUAGAUUUGAAGGUGAUUUAAAUGAGUAUGGAAUUCCAAGAUCUCAAUCCUUAACUUCGUCUGUUACUAACAAUCCUCCAUUAUCUCUGAGAGAAGAUACUAUAGACUUACAAUAUAAUGCAGAAAAUCUAGCUGCCAAAGAACAUGAUUUAACUGAUCAAAAAACUUCCAACUUAGAAACAGAAAAGGAUUCCGCUACUCCUUCAAAUGAUGAUAAAGAAGAAUUAGAUUUAUCAGAUAAUAUUAAUGAAUUACAAGGACAAUCAACCAAACCUACAGAAAACUACAACGAUAUCGAUGAAGAGUUCCCUCCAAUUCAAGAACCUCAACUUGAAGAGAGUGACUCUAGCGAUGAGGAUGAGGAUGAGGAUGAAAUCCCUAAGAAAGAUGAAGUGGCAGCAGCGUUGAAUGAUGAAUUUGGCAACUUAGACAUAACACCUGAUGAAGGCACGAAACCUAAUAAUGAAGUUGUAGAUACUGCUGAGACAUUAACAACAGCCGAAUAA